UAAGUAUUUAGAUUAAAACACUGCAGUGGGUUAUUGCAGAAUUAAUAAUAAUCAGUCGUUUUGUACUCAUCCGUCUGAAACCAAAUAUUGUUAAGUAUUUUAGAACGUAAUCUAUUUCAACAAAAAAAAUAAUCGCUUCGUGUAUAGAAAGUAAAAACCCAGUCUAAGUGUGUGUCUUCAUAAAAAAAUCAAAAAUGGUGCUUUCAUUAGAUCGGUGGGUUGGGAAAGUCGCUGUAGUGACAGGUGCAAGUUCUGGAAUAGGAGCAGCCAUUGCUGAGUUUCUCGUAGACAAAGGAUUAAUAGUCGCUGGCUUAGCUCGUCGCUCUGAACGCGUGGAAGAAAAGGCUAAACAGCUUUCUGGUAAACCAGGAAAACUGCAUGCUGUUAAAACUGACAUCAGUAAAGAAGAAGACAUUUUGAGCGCGUUCAAAUGGAUUGAAGAAAAUUUGGGCCAUAUUUACAUCCUUAUCAACAGUGCUGGUGUGGCUAAAGAUAAUUUUUUGAGGAAUGGGGAUUCAGAGGCCUGGAGACAAACUUUCGAUGUCAAUGUUCUGGGAUUGUGCAUUGCGACUCGGGAGGCUGUUAAGAUAAUGUCUGCCAAUGAUAUCAAUGGCCAUAUUAUUCAUAUCAACAGUGUAGCAGGUCACAAAUAUGUGGAUAUGCCUGGGAUGAAUGUUUAUACGGCGAGUAAAUAUGCAGUGACCGCUUUGACUGAAAGCCUGAGACAUGAGAUGAAUGACAUUGAUUCUAAAAUUAAGAUUACUAGUAUCAGUCCAGGAUUAGUCGCAAGCGAGAUGUCAACUCUUAAUACCGAGUUUUGUGAGGAACGUCUAAAUUUGGUAAAAAGUUUGCCAAUACUCCAGGCAGAAGAUAUUGCGGAAGCUGUGGGCUUCGUCCUAUCCACUUCUGAAAAUGUUCAGAUUAACGAAUUAACUAUCACCCCAGUUGGAGAGAAAUUUUAAGUUAGUACCUACCUAAUAUCAUAAUUAUAUUUCAGCAUACUUAUCCAAUACUUUUAUUUUUAAUAACAAUUAAUCCCUGUCCUAAAAAAUAUUUUGGUAAUUUGUUGAAACCUAUAGAUGUAGAGAAAAAAACUUUAUUAUUACAUUAUAUGUACUUGGUCAGUU